CUUUAAUCAAAAAUUAACUUCCAUAAAAUAUCACUAAAAUUAUUGAAAUCUAAAAAUUAUUUUAUAUAUUAGUAUUACGUAGGAAAUCUAUCAAUUAUUUUUAUUAAAUCUGUACACUAUUUUAUAUACAUAAAUUAUUUUUCUAUAAUUAUUUUUUUGGUUGGCAAUAAACCGUGCCAACUGCCAAUGCUGAAGUUAGAAUUUGAAUUUUAAUGGCGAGUACAGUACAUACAAUUUGUGUGUUAAGUUUUCGUCCAUUUAAGUGUUUUCUGCUGUUGACUUGCGUUGAUUUGAGUUUUACUCAUCCGCUGUGUUUUCGGUGAAUUAGUGAGUGAGUUGAGCUGUGCUCCUCUGUUUCAUUGUUUCACAUAACUUGCGAAAAGACGCCAUUAGUGUUUAGUAUUAUUUGCGAUAAAGACGCCUUUUUUGUGAUAUUUGUGAAAUAGACACUGUUAUUGUGUUAUUAGCGAUUAGAGACGCUUGUUUGAGUGCAUAUAAUCAUGCCGAGGCGGUGCGAAUUGGGAUGUUCACACAACCCGGGUGUGACACAACAUCAAUUUCCACACCCAGAAAAGAAUCCUGAGUUAUUCAAAGCCUGGGUUAAUAUAGUUGGUGGAAAACUGGAGACUGCAGAUGAUAUCAAAUUUUACAGAAAGCGAGUCAUCUGUGACAUACAUUUUGCAGACAAGUUUAAGAAUCGCAACAACCGUUUAAAUAACAUAGCUGUUCCUACUCUCCAUCUUCAGGGUGCUCCAUCACAAGAUGCUCAUAUGCCUCCUGCAACUCCACAUAUACCAACUGAACUUCCUAUGCCUGAACAUAAUAUAUGGAAUCUGCCUUCUACAUCAAAGCAAAUAGUCACUGGUGCUCCAUCACAAGAUGCUCAUAUGCCUCCUGCAACUCCACAUAUACCAACUGAACUUCCUAUGCCUGAACAUAAUAUAUGGGAUCUGCCUUCUACAUCAAAGCAAAUAAUCACUGCUGCACCUCCCAAUGCGUGUGUUAUAGCAGCAGAACAUAAUUAUUGCAGUAAACAUGGUAUACAACAAAGACGGAAACUUAAAGGAGACAAAAGUAAGUGCCAAUGUAGUUUAUACCAUAAGAUAUCCAAAAAAAAUGUUUAUACAUAGGCUACUUUUUAUCUGGGUGUGGAAAGUAGUAAAGUAAAAGUUUUUUUUUUUUUGCAGAAAAACUGAAAUCAACUUCAUCGCUGGAGAAUGAAUUAAAGAUUUCAAGAUUCCAAAUGAAGAAUUUAAAAACCGAAAUUAUUCGGUUACGUAAACGGAGUAGUAGUUUGAAAGAAAGAUUAGCCAGCGUUGAUAAAAUUAGCAAUACAAAUUGUUUAAAAAAAAUAACGAGAAAUAUGACAACUGCAGCAAAAAUAUUCACAAACAUGCAGUACACCCAAACUCACAAGAGAGCUCGUGGGCGGAGGUUUACUUUAAAGGAAAAAGUUUUGUCUCUCUCCAUGUACAAAAGAGUCCCAAGAGU